AUGACUUUCACUUUCAAUCAGAAUGUCUCGGCACAACAGCUGGCUGACAUCCUACCGAACGGUGUCGCCAUCCUCAACCACCGAUAUGAACUGGUCUCCGUGAAUCGCCGGUUCCGUGAACUCAUCCCAUGCCCCAGUCUCAACUUCUCUGAGUGUUGGUUACGCUCGGUCCAUCCAGACGACUACGACCGGGUGGCCACUGGGUAUCGGGAGGUUGCGACCUCCAAACAACCGCUACGUUUUGAAUACCACGCGCGUGACCCGGACUCAAUUUGGUGUGUCAUGACAUUGGAUCGGCUGGAUGAUAAAGAUGUACAAUGCUUUGGGCUAGGCGACGGUGGCGUGUUCAUCUGUACAAUUGCAGAUAUAACCCCGGAGAAACAGGCAGAGCUUCUACAGAGGCAGGCUGCAGAAGAGGCACAGGAACGCAAGAAGCAACAAGAGCGAUUCAUCGAUAUGAUCAGCCAUGAAAUUCGCAAUCCCUUGUCUGCGAUCGCACAUUGCACGGAGGAUAUCCAAGAGGCAAUUUAUAACAAGAAGCCGGAUGACAUCUCGGUCACGAGCAUCACUGAGGCAGCCGAGACAAUCAGUCUCUGCAUCAAGCAUCAAAAGAAAAUCGUCAAUGACGUUCUCACCUUUUCGAAGCUUGAUGCGUCGAUGCUGCCGCUAUCGCCACAAAAGGUCCAGCCAAAGCGACAUCUCACCAUUCCGAUGUCAAUAUUCCGACCCGAGCUCCGAAAGCACAGAAUCCAUUUCGAAUACAAGGCCGAUGUCUCCUAUGCCGAAUGCGGCAUUGAUUGGGUCAUGGCAGACCUAGACCGAAUGGGCCAGGUUCUCGUGAACAUACUCUCGAAUGCUAUCAAAUUUACAGCCCAAUCGGAGGGUCAGCGAUCGAUCCUAGUCUCAGUGGGUGCUUCGAUUGAGCGUCCACCUUCGUAUCCGCCAAACAUUGUCUUCUUCGAUUCAGGUGAAUCAGCGCUUCGCCAAGACGGUACUAAUACUUCCGAGUGGGGAAAUGGCGAAGUUGCGUAUAUCAUGGUCGCCGUCAAGGACUCCGGUAUUGGGGUCACCGAGCAAGCCCAGAAACGACUCUUUGAACGGUUCAAUCAAGCAACCCCAAAGACCGAAAGCAUCUACGGUGGCUCUGGCCUUGGGCUCAACGUGUGUAGGAAACUCUGCCACUUACAUGGGGGCGAGAUUGGCGUGAGCUCCAAGAAAUGUCACGGAAGCACGUUUGGAUUCUUUUUCAAAGUACGCAGAACAACCAACGAGUCUGGUGAAGGGGAUCGGAGUCUUGAGAUUUCUGCAGUCGAUAAACUGUGCGUUGAUAUCGAGUCAUUGGGCAAUCAAAUGCGCCAUGUCAAUGAAACGACGGAAGAACCCCAGAUGUCGGAAAGCCCCCCUGAAGAUAUUGUCUUUGAGGCACAGCCAGGUGGCCCGAGGGACGCAAACACAAUUCACACCCACAGUAUAGCCCGCGAGGUCGAGAACGAGCGGAUCAAGCGAGCGGAUCAGAAUACUCCGGACCACGAGAAACCAACCGGGGACGGUCAGCGUAUUCUUUUAGUUGAGGAUAACGUUAUCAACAGGCGAAUAAUAUCUCGCAAGUUGAAUGCACUGGGGUUCAACAUAUCGGAAGCGAGCAACGGGCAAGAUGCUGUGGAUGCGAAUAGACACGACCCAUUCGAUUGCAUUCUCAUGGACCAGCAGAUGCCUGUGAUGGAUGGCAACUGUGCCGCGAGAACAAUUCGUGACAUUGAAAAGGAACGCGGAGGACAUGUACCCAUUCUAGGAGUCACCGCGAAUGUCAGAGACGCACAACAAACGGAAAUGAUCGGUGCUGGAAUGGAUGAUAUAAUCCACAAGCCUUAUGGGACUCAUGAGCUUGUUGAAAAGAUCAAGCGCUUGCUUUCUAAAGGAACCGAUAACAACGCGAGUUAA